CUUAACUUCCGGUAUGCGAAUGUUUUCAUUCGAUACAAAAGUUCUACAAGAAUUUAUUUAUUUCUGCAACCAAUGAAAAUUCAUCAUGUUGGUGCCAAUAUUUAAUUUAAAAAUUCACCACAAGGUGAAUCCACGGAUGGUGACAGUUGGAAAAUAUGAUGGUAAACACCCAGCAUUAACAUGUGCUACCACAGCAGGAAAGGUAUUGAUUCACAGUCCACACACAAGAGGUCAGCGUGGAGGAAGAGUGGACACCACAAAAGACCAAGAUAUCAAUUUAUUAAAUAUAAAUCAGCAAGUAUCAUCAGUGUGUGCUGGAUCACUCAAUGGAAAGAAUGAUAUACUGGCUAUUGGAACACAAACAAACAUAUUGGCUUAUGAUGUCAAUAAUAAUAGUGAUUUGUUUUACAAGGAGUGUGCAGAUGGGGCCAACUGUAUAGUUAUAGGAAAGUUAGGGACCAUUAUUGAACCAAUGGUAUUGGUUGGUGGUAACUGUUCACUACAAGGAUAUAACCAGGACGGAAAUGAUAUAUUUUGGACAGUGACUGGAGACAAUGUAUGUUCCCUUGCUUUGGUAGAUUUUAAUGCACAAGGACAAAAUCAGCUUGUAGUUGGCUCUGAAGAUUUUGAUAUAAGAGUUUUUAGAGAGGAUGAAAUUAUUGCUGAAAUGACAGAAACUGAGGCCAUAACAUCUCUGUGUCCCAUGAUGGAUUCCAGGUUUGGGUAUGCCUUGGCUAAUGGUACAGUAGGUGUUUAUGAUAGAUCAGCUAGAUACUGGAGAAUUAAGUCUAAGAAUCAGGCCCUGACUAUCCACAGUUUUGAUAUAGAUUCUGAUGGAGUAGCAGAGUUAAUAACAGGAUGGAGUAAUGGAAAGAUUGAUGCUAGAAGUGACAGAACUGGGGAAGUUAUAUUCAAAGACAAUUUUGCAUCUGCUGUUGCUGGUAUUGUACAGGCUGAUUACAGACUUGAUGGAACUCAGCAGUUGUUAUGUGUUUCUACAGAAGGAGAGAUAAAAGCAUACAAUCCAGCGCCAGCAGAAAUGAGAGGGAAUCUGAUGGAUGCCAACUUAGAGCAGGAUACUAUUAGAGAACUAAGUCUUAGGAAACAGAAUUUACAAAUGGAGUUGAAGAAUUACGAUGAGAAUACAAAAGCAGGAGUGUUAGCCUUACAGAUGCAACAAACAGCUGCUGCUAGUGGUAAUAAGUUCUCAGCUGAGAAACCUUUCCCACCAGGUGGAGAGUUAGAUCAACAAGCUAUGGGAGUUAUUCCAGCAUCAACACAGUUACAGACAACAUUAACAGUUAAUCCUGGAGAAGAAGGAAAACCACCACAUGUAGAGCUAUUUGUUGGUACAACAAACGAUACAAUUAUCAGAACAGUAUUAUUAUUUGCUGAAGGAAUUUUUGAUGGAGAAAGCCAUGUUGUACAUCCACACCCCAGUAUAUUGUCCAAUUGUUUAAAAUGUCCUAUAGUACCACCUAAAGAUUUACCUGUAGAUCUACAUAUAAAAGCAUUUGUGGGUUAUAAAUCCAGUGGACAAUACCAUGUAUUUGAGUUGACACGACAGUUACCACGAUUUUCUAUGUAUGCUUUAUGUAAACCUGAUAUUCCAGAACCCAAAAGUUCAGUCACAUAUCAAGUCAACGACAGAGUUCAAAGGGUAUUGUUAUGGAUAAACCAAAGUUUUCUCUUACAAGAUGAUAUAUCUUGUGAAGGGAAUUUAAAUGUAGCAUUUAUGUCAUUACGAGGAUCAGGUCCUGUUAUCAUACAAAUGGAGACCAGUGGUCAGGUCGUAAUCAAAACAGAUGAUAUGGACAUGGCAGGGGAUGUAUUACAAGCAAUGGCUUCUUUCCUCAAUAUAGAUGAUUUACAGUCUACAGCAGAUUUCCCAGAGGAAAUGGAAAAACUUAGAGAAUUACUGGUCAAGGUUGAUGAAUUCCAUGUAGUUCGACAAAAAUUAACAGCAGAAAUGGCUGACCAUUCCAAUCUAAUUAGAAGUAUGGUGGUGAGAGCUGAAGAUGCCAGACUUAUGGGAGACAUGAAGAACAUGCGUAAAGGAUAUUUAGAAUUAUACAAUUUGAAUAGAGACUUAAUAAAUGGGUAUAAAAUAAGAUGUAGUAACCAUACAGAGCUAUUAGCCUCACUGAAGAUUGUUAAUCAAAUUAUACAGAAAUCUGGCAGGCUCAGAGUUGGUAAAUACAAGACACAAGUGGUAUCAGCGUGUCGACAAGCGAUCAAAAGUAACAAUGUCAGCUCACUUUUUAAAAUUAUAAAAACUGGUUCCUAGGGAUAUAUCAUCACAAAGUGUACAGUGAAAGUUAUUUAUAUGAGAGACUUAAAAGAAAGACACAUAAACAGUGCUAGGCAAAACAACUUCUAAUGGCACUGAAGAGGCUUGGAGUGUACUGAAAUUAUCCAUACAAAAACAAAAUAUUUUUAUAAAAGGGGCUAUCAUUAUAAAUAAUCAAAUCUUUAUAUUUCAGGACCUUUAUUAUUCUAAAUAAGUGUUUUAAUUAAGGGAUAUAUAAAGUUAGUUUAAAAGACUUUUAAGAUACUGUAAACUCAUGUUUUUAUUAAUGUGGAAAAUGUGACAAUAAUUUUUCAAACUUUCAUUCAUAAUUUUUGAAGUGAUUUUUUUCAAACAUUCUUUGCAAUUGCAUUGAUUAGAUUUCACAUUUUUACUAGGGGUCAAGGAUUUAUGAUAUGGUCAUAAAUGAAUACAUGUAUGAAAAUAGAAAUAAGUUGAUGUGGAAUGCAUGUAUUUAUUAUGAAUUUACUAUAAUGUAUAUCAAGGUUUUCAAAAUUGAAAUAAUGAAUAGAAGUGCUAUUUUUAUAUGAUAUACAUGUAGUUACAUAUUGUUUCUCAAAAUGAUAUCCGUCCAGUUUUUACAAGUACUUUGUGGUCAAACCAAGCUGAAAGAAUUACAGAUUUCAGAAGACUUUAUUUACUUGUAACAAAAUUAAAAAAUAUGUAUGUAUUGUCUGCAAAUAUUAUGAGAUUGUGUUUACCAUUAUUUAAUUUAUAUUUUGUGCAUAAGAGUAAUCAUAACUGUCAGGAAAUUAAAAAAAAUAUCAUAAUUAUUGAUGUUAUAUUUAAACAUGAUUAAAAUGUUUUGUGUGGUUACUCUUAAUCAUCCCAUUUCAUUUAUGAAAUCCUAGAAAUUUUCAACCCAAGAAAAACCGGUGUUAUAUUCUGCUGCAUCAAACUUUUAUGGUUAAGGUGGUACAAAACACUACAGGGAGAUAACGCUAUAAAAAUCAACUUAAAUCUUGUGAUAUUUUUAUAUUUUGGUCAAAGAGUCAAA